AUGGUCGUUUCUACUGCUGGUCUUUUGGGUCAGAGGCUGGCUCAGCCGCCACCUCCAGGAGAACCUCAUGGAGUCGCAAUCCCUGGUACCGAGAAACCCGGGCGAAGUCCUGUUUACAGGCACUGGCAAGUCAAGGACAAGCCGCUGGUUAGCACGCUUGAUCCUAAAAUCAGAACCAUGCAUCAACUCUUUGACGAGUCUGCUCAACGAGUGCCUCAGAACAACUGCAUGGGUAUUCGCAAAUGGCUCCCAGAGACGAAAACCUGGGAUAAUAAGUAUACGUGGAUUUCAUACGGCGAAGUUGCUGAGCGCCGCAAGAACUUUGGAGCUGGUCUCGUGGAACUUCAUCAGCGAAUCAAUCAUCCCCAGGACAAGUAUGGUAUUGGGCUUUGGUGCCAAAAUAGACCAGAAUGGCAAAUCACUGAUCUCGCUUGCAUGUCUCAGGGCCUUUACUCAGUCUCCCUGUACGAAACACUUGGCCCAGAAACGACCGAAUACAUUGUCAACCAUGCCGAGCUAGCCUGCGUAGUCUGCUCUCUCCCACACGUACCAACACUUCUCAAGCUUGCACCUCGCAUUCCUCGCCUCAAGCUAAUUAUAUCCAUUGAUGAACUUGAUCAUGGCGAAAGGGAGGGAUACUCGAAGAAAGAUGCCCUCAACGCCAUUGCGUCGGACCUUGGUAUCCAAGUCUUGUCAAUGAGCGAGGUGGAAAGGAUUGGCUUGGAGUCUGGCCGUCCUAUGCGCCCUGCCGGACCCGAGGACCUCUACACCAUCAACUAUACUUCUGGCACGACGGGCCCUCCCAAGGGAGUCCUGCUUACCCACGCGGCCACCCUUGCGGGUAACACUGCGUCCCGCAUUGGAGGAAAGUUGGAGAGCACCGAUGUUGGGAUUUCAUAUCUCCCCUUGGCUCAUCUUAUGGAGAGAUUGGUUGAACAUGCUGGCUUCGCCGAGGGUGCUAGCUGUGGCUUUUUCAGGGGAGAUAUUCUGGGCUUGGUCGACGACAUGCUCAUCCUGCAGCCCACAGGUUUCGUCUCUGUGCCUCGUCUGUUUAACCGAUUCAACAGUGCCAUCAAGUCCGGUACCAUUGAGGCUGAGGGCUUCAGAGGGACGUUAUCCAAACGUAUUCUUGACACUAAAAUGCAGUCCAUGAAGUUACCAAUAGGUCAGGCUACCGUCCAUCAUUGGCUGUGGGAUCGAAUCUUCACACCAAAGGUCAGGGGAAAAGUUGGUCUUGGCCGGGCGAGCCAACUUGUCUCCGGAAGCGCGCCUCUCGACCCAAAGGUUCAAGAAUUCCUGUCCGCCAUGUUUGGAGUGAGACUCUACCAGGCCUACGGAAUGACAGAGACUUCUGGAGCAAUCACGGCGCCUCUGGAUGGAGAUUUUGACACUGGACACGUCGGUCCUCCUAGCCCCGUCGCUGAAAUCUGCUUAGAGUCUAUUCCCGAGCUGCAGUACAGCGUUGACGAUAAGCCUUAUCCACGUGGUGAGAUCUUGGUUCGUGGGCCAAUCCUGCUAAAAGGAUACUAUAAAAAUGAAGAAGAGAACAAGAAGACGAUGGAGGCAGAUGGGUGGUUUCACACUGGCGACGUCGCCAUGGUUGACGAACUCGGCCGCUUUACCAUUAUUGACCGCAAGAAGAAUGUAUUGAAACUUGCACAGGGAGAAUACGUGGCCCCUGAACGUCUUGAAAACGUAUACGCCGCAAAUUGCGGUCUUAUAGCCAAUGCUUUUGUGCAUGGCGACAGCCAAGAGUCUACCUUGGUUGGCAUUUUUGGCAUCAACCCAGAAACGUUUGCACCCUUUGCGUCCAAAAUUCUCGGUCAGCCGGUUAGUCAAGAGGAUGUUGCCGCGCUGAAGCGGGUAGCCAGAAAUCCAAAGGUCCAGCGAGAAUUCUUGAACAUUCUACAGACGAUUGGAAGGAAGAACAAGUUUAACAAGUUUGAAAAUGUUGCCAACAUUUUGCUCGAUAUUGAGCCGUUUACGGUCGACAACGAGCUGCUGACACCGACACUGAAAUUGAAGAGAGCGCAAGCCGCCAAGGCAUUUCGAGGGGAGAUUGACCGCAUGUAUGCCGAGAUUAACAGCAGACAGCCGACAAUGGGUAAACUGUAG